CUCCCAUAGCCCCCGCCCCUCCCGCGCCUCCGGGCGCGGCCCCGCGACUCGGCGGCCCGCGAGCCGAGCUGCAGCCAUGGCGGUCACCGCUGAGGGCGCCCGCAGGAAGGAGCGCGUCCUCUGCCUGUUCGACGUGGACGGGACCCUCACGCCGGCUCGCCAGAAAAUCGACCCCGAGGUGGCCGCCUUCCUGCAGAAGCUGCGCAGCCACGUGCAGAUCGGCGUGGUGGGCGGCUCCGACUACUCCAAGAUCGCGGAGCAGCUGGGUGAGGGGGAUGAAGUCGUCGAGAAGUUCGACUACGUGUUUGCCGAGAACGGGACGGUCCAGUACAAGCACGGCCGGCUGCAGUCCAAGCAGACCAUCCAGAGCCACCUGGGGGAGGACCUGCUGCAGGACCUGAUCAACUUCUGUCUUCACUACAUGGCCCUGCUCAGGCUGCCCAAGAAACGAGGGACGUUCAUCGAGUUCCGGAACGGCAUGUUGAACAUCUCACCCAUCGGCCGCAGCUGCACCCUGGAGGAGCGAAUCGAGUUCUCGGAGCUGGACAAGAAGGAGAAGAUCCGGGAGAAGUUUGUGGACGCGCUGAAAACCGAGUUUGCUGGCAAAGGGCUGAGGUUCUCCCGAGGAGGAAUGAUCAGCUUCGACGUCUUCCCCGAGGGCUGGGACAAGCGCUACUGCCUGGACAGCCUGGACCAGGACUGCUUCGACACCAUACACUUCUUCGGGAAUGAGACCAGCCCCGGCGGGAACGACUUCGAGAUCUACGCGGACCCCCGAACCGUGGGCCACAGCGUGACGUCCCCGCAGGACACGGUGCAGCGCUGCCGGGAGAUCUUCUUCCCCGAGACCGCCCACGAGGCCUGACCCGCCGCCCAACUUCGGACUUCCGGGGAAUUCCCCACACACACACACACACACACACACACACACAGGGUGGGGCACCCCAGGGCCAGGACCCAGUGAGACCCCUCGGGGUCGGCCUUGCAGCCCCGUCCCUGCCCUCGCCCGGCUGCAGCUGCUGCUUCUGCCUCGGACCCCUGCGCUGUCUGCGCCCCGGGAGGCGCGUGCGUCCGUGGCACUGGGCUGGCACCUCCUCAGCUCCCGUCCUCACUGACAUUAAAGCGCCAGGGCAGCAAGGUCA